AGAUCUAAAUUCCCAGACUCAAUUCUGUGAAAGAGCAAAGGUGAAAGUCAAGACGUGCUUUGAGUCGAGUCUCUACUCUAGUCCUGCCAAUUGAUAGAGUGUACUUAGUGCCAAUUUUUUUGCCACUAAGCCCGGCUAGGCCUAGCUAGCUAGCAGCUCAAAGUUGAAGCUUUCAGAGGGGCCAUGGCCUCUGACGUGGCUGCUCAAGGCUCUUUGCUGCUCCUGUCCCCAGGAUCAGUGUUUAAAGAUACGUUAAGGAGACAGCUUGAAGCAGAUGUUCACGAAGAUAAAAAGAAAGAAACAAGAACUAAACCAAAGAAGUCGAAGAAAACCAAAAAGGAGGAGGAAAAGAGCAUCAUUGAACCAGACGUGAAGCGAGUCAUUCGAGAAGAAAAAAACUCACUCAUCACUUUUGGAAAUCCCUCCGUUUUCUCUAUCUUUUCACGUAUUCGUCAUUUCCUGCUCCAGAAUCAGCUUUGUGACACGUUCAACUCCCGAUGUUCUCGUGACACCAUAGAAGCGGAGGAGUCUGAUGAUGAAGGAGACUCUGAGGAGUCGGGGAAGAAAUCUGACUCUAAGCUGCCUGUUGUGGUUGGACUAGGUGUAAAAGGUGUGUUCUCUAUCAUUAGGGAUAUCUGGCACAAACAACCUGAUCUAUGCCUACGAGCUCUGAUGGAGUUUGUUAACAUUCUACAAGGGCAGAGUCCAGAUGGUCUCAAGAAUGAACCUAGGAAGACAACAGAUGCUCUCUUUGAGCUAUUGAUGGAGAUGGUGUCUGAGCUAGCUCCCUCUGAGCACCAGCUGGCGUCACAACUGUCCAGUGUGGCCAGUGCCUGUCUACUCAGCCUUGUUAUAGCUCUCGGUGAUACAGGGAAGAUGCUCUCUGCAGUUGCUGCACUACUUACUGCUCCCGAAAGACCUGAACAAGGGAAUGUUCAAAUUCCCCAGAUUUUCUACCAACUUCAAUCUUCUGUCCAAGCUGUUCUCCUGGGAUCUGUUGUGGAUAGUGAUUGGUGUUCACAAGGGAUAACCUCAUCCAGUCUUGUCGAGACGUGGCUCCUCCCUAUUCCUGAAGGAUGUGAUGUAACUGAAGGAAACUUUAUCUCAGUGGCAGGGGAUGGCUCGUACUUGUACUUCCAUGGGCCUUUUGGGUUGUUAAAAGUGGGCUCUGGAUAUGCCAACACUAAAAAGGGUCAUGUAUACUGCUCGAACUCUGCGUUUAACCCUGACUCAACCAGCUGGAUGGGUUACUGCUCUGAGAAGCUUUACUUUUUCUCUCUGGGUGCAGGAGCGGAAACCAUCACUGUCAUCAACACAGACACACUCACAAGCGAGGAUCAGUUAUUACUUGAAUCUGAUGCGGUGGGCUCACAGUGCAUGUUUACAGACGGAGAGUCUCUUUUCCAAAUAAAGGCCAAAAAGGAGGGUGGUUUUGUGGUUCGCAAGUUCACCACACUGUGUUCCCCCAUGCCGGUUACCGAAGAAAGCCCUCUGCACCUAUCUCAGAAGAGUGUUCUUGUCAUGGGUAGAGCCAAGUACGAUAAUCAGGGUGACCUACACACUGCCUACCAAGACAGCAGUGAGCAAGUUGUACAAGUGAUGGCUGGAAGAACAUUUGCUGCAGUCAGAACACCUUCUGGCAAGCUAGUGUACACUGGUAGUGGUGCUGUAUUCGGGCUGAGUCAGAAGGAUGUCCCUAAGGGUGAGUGGAAAGAAGUGGAACUACCCGACAAGAAUGUCAAGGUGGAGCACUGCUCGUGUGACAAUGCCGGUUCAUUCUGUCUGGUGGUCUCAGACAAAGGUGUGGUCUACUUUGGAGGAAUCAACAAAAAAGGGGAAUCUGGAGAGAAUGUGGGUGCACGGCAGCAAUUAAAGCCAAUCAAACUGAAGAGAAUGUCCAAACUCAAGGAUCAUCAGAUAGUAAGUUCGGCUUGUGGCACCCUUGGAACUGCUUUGAUCUCUAACGAGGGGAAGUUGUUUAUGUUUGGCAAUCUGGAUGAGGACCUCACUGACAAGUCCACUGGUGUUGUAACUGGAAUGCUUGGUGUUCCUGCCAGCCAAGUGGCAAUGGGACGUUCUCACACAUGUGUACUGACUCAGCAUGGCACUGUCUAUACCUUCGGUACUAACUCGUAUGGUCAGUGUGGGAGAAACUUUGUCCCUACGAUAGAAAGUGAAACCAUUGCUGAGGAUGGUAGUGACAUCAAUUCAGAUGAGGAAACGGAGGGAAUGUGUGCCCCUGGUGAGCACAAGUGGGCACACAACUCCUGCUUAGUCUGUCGGUUCUGUGGCUACUGCACUGGUUAUGGACCAGGCUGCUGCAAUGAGGGUGAACAAGGAAGGAGUCCGGGAAAUGAAUGUGGGUGUGGGUCUGGUGACUCGGGCUGCACAGAGUGUGGGGCUUGUAAGGUGUGUGCUGGAGAGCUAGAAAACUGGGGAGGAGGAGGUGGACCUCUUGACGGUCUCCCUGAUGAGGUUAUCAGGAUCAGACAGAGGGGAGGGAAGGCCAAAAAGGAAAAAGUUGACAAAAAGGAUGGAGCUAGUCAGAAAGGAGAGAAUGCUAUGGCGGAAGGACUCAAGCUGCUUUUUGGUGGGGCGACAAGCGUUGAUGAAGCUGGGCCUAGUGUUGCUGUGGAAGAAGGAAAGGACAAGCUGUUAACCAAGAAACCUGCGAUUCUUCCUCUGGCUGAGGACAUGACUGUUAUGCAGAUUGACUGUGGGACAUUCCACACUGCUUUGUUGCUACAUUCUGGAGAGGUGUACAUGUUUGGCAACGGUAACCAUGGACAGCUUGGCCAAGGAAACAACAAAGUCAGUGUUGACCCUGUCAAGGUGCCACUACCUGAGCCAGCUACGCAAGUAGCCUGUGGAGACAAUCAUACUGUGAUCCUGUUAGCCUCAGGCCAAGUGAUCACCUUUGGUAAACACCAGGAGGGACAACUGGGACGCAAUAAGGAGAGCGAUGAUGAUGAAAGCUGGUACAUGGUGCCAAGACAAACAACAGGACUGGGUAAUGAUCAGAAUGCUAAGUGGGUUGGAGCCAGAGGUAACCAGACGUUUAUGAUUCUGGAUGAAAUGCUAAUCCCUGAGUCUGCCAUCAGUCAGUACAGAGCCUUCGCCAACUCGGAAAUGAUUGGUAUUGUACCUCCAAAAAUGUCUGGGGAAGAUUCACAUACCAUUCUUGUGGACAGGGGCUCUAAGAAUAGGGAGGGUGAACGGCUCAAGGCUAGAAGGAUGGAUGACAGCAACCAACAGGACCUGGGUGGGUGCAGUGUGUAUAUGGACCCUGAGUACAACAUUUUGUGGACCUACUCCCCUCUAACCAAAAUGGUUGCUUCAUUCAACCCCAUCACAUCAAACAUACAAGACACUGUGGGCACAAUCCUGAAUUCGUCUAUUUGCCUUCCUGGGUCAAAGGCUGCUCAUACUAGUCGCUCACAUCUAGCCGUAAACCUCCUCUCUUGUAUCACCACCCUAGCUACACAACCCUCCCCCUCCCUUGGUGUCAUGACCGGAGGAAUCAAACGCAAGUACAACAAGGAUGACUUCCAUGCUGUACUGAGAUUUAACGCCCAUGGUGGAGGGUGGGGUUACUCCAACUCUUCAAUAGAGGCUAUUCGAUUCUCCCCCGACAGCGACAUUCUUCUAGGAGGCUACGGACUUUACGGAGGCAGAGGAACAUACAAUGUAGAAAUAAAGGUGUAUGACUUGGGAGAAGGUGGAGGAGACGCAGAGACAGAGGGUACACUGCUUGCUAGUCACAAUGAGGUUGGCUACACCUGUGAGAAGCAACAAACAUGCCGCGUCCUGUUUGAUAAGUGUGUACUUCUGGUGGCUGACCACUGGUAUGUGGCCUUUGCCGGAGUGAGUUCACCCUCAGGGGCUAGCUCUGACGCUGGUUCUUCUGGUCAGAACACUGUGCAGGGACACGACAAGGUCACGUUCAAAUUUAAAUCAUCUCGACGUUCAAACAAUGGUACAGAUGUUGGCUCAGGGCAGAUUCCUGAAAUCCUGUACCGCACUCCAGAAGUUGAACAGGAAGAAGAUGUGCAGCUACAGCUUCUUGGGAAGGACUUUGCCUCAACAGUAUCUGCUGAUGGGCUGACUGCUGUCCUUCGCCUGCUGGACUGGUCCUGGAGUAAACUCACCCAGAUUGAUCCUUCUACUGACACAGAGAAUCUCAUGUUCAUUGCCAAGUCGUCUCUUGACCUUCUCCAGACCUACAUACUGAGGGCAUUUCCUGAAAAGGGAAAAUCCUACAAUCCAGAGUUGGACUGUACUGAACUGGCAACUGCUAUUUUUGAAGGUCGUACUUUGCUUCGUUUAAUCUUGUCUAGUCGUUUCCCUCCUCAAGUUUAUGGCAAGCCCUCUCCCCUUCAUGUGGUGAUAAAUGCAUGUGGAGAGACAUUCAGAGCUUGUUUCAGUGCUUUUUAUCCAUCCUCACCACUCAAAUGGUUUGCUCUCUGCCAGCAACUACAAGUUGUAGACCCGAGUGACGUAUUGAGUGGUAUUCCCAUGGAAAAUUUGCUCUCAGCUGUUUUGGAGGCUCUAGCUCAAUCCACAGUCAGCUAUAUUGGACUUGCAUAUGACUCCACAAUUUCCAUUAGUUCAGCUAUCCAGAACUCGGAACACACCUCCAUAUAUCCUGUACUGUCUGAGUUCAUGCAGAUGAAAACUCUGGAGGAGAUUGGCGAGGUUCAACUGCUUGGAUUCCAUGCUGUUGCCACUAGGCUCUUGGGAAUAGUGACGGCUCCUAUCCACACUGCUUUAGUGAAUAAACAGGCUGAGGUAUCCCCAGUUGUUGCUAAGGCUGGUGCUCUACUACUUUCAAGAAUUAAUGAGCUGUCACUGUGUGUAUCAUACCCCGAAUCAGCUGCCACUCUUGGCCUCCCUGUGCUGCAACAAGAGAAGAAAGACCCCAUUGUGGAGAGUUCCCCUAGGUUUACAGCCAGAGAAUGCGGGCACCCUACUCUUAUCCCCACUGAACUUGCUUUUUCUGUUAGCAAGGCUAUCUUGCUGCGUGGGUUUACUGUAUAUGGCAAUGCAGAAGGCACGUACAAAUACAAAAUGUGCUUAGAGAAACAGGGGCAAAGUUUGUCACUGAAAGAAGGGUCAUUUGGGGGGAGAGACUGCAUUGGAGAUCAUUGUGUUGUGCAGCUGCUCUUCAAAGAACCAGUGACACUUCAGACUGAUGUGGUGUACACUGCCCACCUUGAGCUUCAGGGAGAAACCUACAACAUAGGUGUUGAGGGGAAGCUCUCACUGACAGGGCCAGAAAGUGUAGAGUUCUUUCUUCACCACACUGGGAUGGAGGACUCUAACCCAGAGACUGGUUCUAUCCUCAACUUUGUCUACUCCACCUGCUCUACACCCACACCACAGAAUGUGGUCCAGCUGAGUGUGCACCUAGCCUCGAUGUUACUAGAUGUGACAGUGGGAUUUCUGGAGCGGGUGCUGAGAGGGGAUCUCACUUGGGACACUUUAUCUUUCCUUGGAUCUUCGUUCCUCUUCUCCACUCUUCUGCCGACCACACUCGCUCAACUUGGUCCCAUUGCGUGUAGGCAACCAAAGUAUGCUGUGGAAGUUUUAUCUCUUGUCAAGCGGGUCCUGGGUGUGGUUUCAGCGGCCUCUCAAAAGGCGGCCAGUUUGUCAAACAGUUCCUCCGACAUCAAGUCCAUGCACUAUGCCACUGUAGAUACCGAGCACCCCUACAAGCCAGCCUCUGUGAAAUAUUUUAAGGUCAAAUUUUCAGAGAGUGUGCAGUGGAUGACUCUUGAGUUUGACCCUAGGACAGGAUUUGCUCAGCCAGAGGACAAGAUAGGAGAACUUCUUGUACCUACAUCUCGUCCCUCUCCUCUUACACCGCCCAAACAGGCCAACUCACCUCCAGAAGUAACCCUCGUAGGGGUAGGGUUUGAUGACAUUUACGAUGACUGGCAGAGAUAUUCUUUGGACUCUCCUCCUGGGCUCGUGUUGCUUCCUGGCAAUGAGGUUCACAUUGUGGUGCAUACUGACACUGAAUAUGAUAAGAAAGACUUCAGCAAUCAUUACGGACUAAAAUGUCAAGUAGUGGGUUAUGAAUGGACUGCAAAAACAACAGAUUGUUUGCUGCUGUUAGAGAAGGAAUUGGUGUCACUGGGAACUAUGUGUGCCACCUCCCUCCUUAAGGAGAACAUACUACUACCCUUUGCUGAUGAGCUCACUGUUAGCCAAGACCAGGCAGAAAAAGCUGACAUGAGGAUUGUGCAGGCCUCCAGUCAGGAAGUGCUGAGCAAGCAUAACCACAUUCUCUCUCGAGGCCUCAUGGUGGACCUGCCAUCAAUUCAACAAGUCCUUGAUGGGGAGAUCUCUGUGAUAAAGUGCAACACAAAGCAGACCUUCCUCACUGACUUCAUUGAGAGCAAAGCUGAUACUCCUGGAAACCGAUUGGCGCGAUGGUUGCAGCCAGACCGAGCAGUGGACCCCGAGGCGUGUGAGCUACAGCUUCCCACUGAGAACAUUGAAGCCAAUGUCUCUUCCCAGUUCCUGGUGCAUAUCAAAGACCAGGAUGGAAAGCCUGUCUAUGUCCAAGACAUGAAGGUGGAAGUGAAGGCAGUAUGGCUGGGCAAAGGAAAGGAUCAGCAAGAGAAGAGUUAUGCAAGAGACAAGAUGGUAGACAAAUCCAUGGGAGUGAGGAAGCCUACUUACAAACGACCUUAUACCCCAACAAGGCUCAACAGCAACUAUCUCUACCAUUGCAUCUCGAUGAUGAUGCCUUACUCAAACUAUUCUUUCGAAGAGCUGAGACUGUUUGCACCAAAGAUUGAACGGAGCUCUGAGAAUGUGCGGGUUGAAUGGCAAGACAAUGGGACAUAUGUUGCUCAGUGGGUGCCUGCAGUUAGUGGACGUUACCUGAUACAAGUCCUUAUUGAUGAACGGAACACAGGGCAAGAAAAAUAUGUAGAGGUGCUACCCUCUGAAGACCUGGAAACUGAAGCUGAUGAGCAAAUGGUGGAAGACCAAUUAGAACCAACUUUAGAAUCCAUCUCACUGCCAAAGAUGAAACUUUUCUCUGGGAAAACUGCCCCAGGGCUACGAAUCAGAAAAGCACCACAUUUUACCGCAAAUCCAUUGGGAGUUAUCAAACCCGGUGAAAAUUUCACAUAUUCAGAAGAGAUUGAGAAUGAAUCGGGUGUUUGGGUGAGGCUCACGUCACAAGCUAUCAGAGAUUUACAUUGUGGUCCAGACUGUACAGAGGCUUAUGCUUUAGCAUUUUCAAAAGAGAAAAAUACACAGUUUCUUGAGGAAUUUCAAGCUAAGCCUGAAACACUGGAGAAACUUGCUCAUGAAGCAGUGAGGGCUCUUAAGAAACCAGUCAGCAAAAGAAGGCAGUGUGGACCAGGCACCUAUCAUGUGGUUCAGUGUGGCUCAGCUGGUCACAACAUUCGUUCCAAGCCAGGGUUAAGGGGCACACCAGCAGGGAGGUUGAAAAAAGGAGAUAUAAUCAAUUCUCCCGAAGAAGUUGAAAACGAUGAUGGUGUCUGGUUGAAACUCCUGCCUGAAGAUUGCAAAAAGUAUUGUCGUUCUGAAUCAGAAAGCUUGGAAGGGUGGACACUAGCUGUUGGGCCCAGUGGUAGAAUCUUUCUUAGCCUUGAAAGUGAUGAAAGCUACCAUGACCAGAUAAUCGAUACGAAAGCAAAGCCUCCUAACCCACAGAUUUUCCCAAGUGCUGCGUCUGUGUUUGGUACUGCUCCACAAUCGGUAUUUGGUACACCGAUUCCUCCUCCUCUCCCUGCUGUCUUCAAUUUCGGGGGUGGUAGUGACAGCCUUGUCAAACUGACUUUUGGUGCUGUAGAAAACAGUGAGUCGAGAAUUUCUGAGCUCACUGACGAAAAGAAAACUGAGGAAACUGAGGAAACAGAAGGUAUGAAGCCCCUAUUUAGCAUUGGGAUUGUUUCUGGUAAAACACCCCCUGCUCAAAGGGUGUCUAGAGGCAGGCGGUUAGGAGGCAGAAAGUCUUCCCCUAAGAGUCCUUCCCCAAAACCACUGAAGGGCGGUCAGGCUGAACAAGAAGAGAUUUCAGAUACUAUCUCUGAUUGCGAGAAAGAUCAUCCACCAUCGCUUACAUCGAAAAAGAAGCAAGCGUUGUCUCCUGCUGUUGCCGAAUGUCAACGAGCUGUAUUUGCCGCUUUUCUCUGGCAGGAAGGACUAGUUGAUGAUGCUAUUGCCUCUGCCUCACAUCUGAUGCGUAAUCCUGACAUGACAAAAAAGCAAUUUGAAUCUUUUUAUGGAAAACAAGACAGUAGCAAUACUAAUUUACCUGACAAGGAACCUGACAAGGAAUCUGACAAGGAGAAGCCUGACAAAGAUAGUGAAAUAACCGAAGGGUCCAAAAUACCUGCUUCCCUUCCUCCUACUUUAAACCACCUUGUCACAUUUUGGGAAGAGAUUUCAUCCACUGUGAUUGAGAAUUCCAACCUAUCCUUUUCACCAUCUGAAGUGCCAGCCCUCGCUCAAGAGCUCUUGAAAAAAUUUGAAGACGAAAAGACAGAAAUAGAAAAACGUAAGAAAGAGAAAGACAAGAAGGUUAACUCUGCUGGGGGUGGAGCAGGCGGAUCAACUAUGUGUGAGCUCUGCAACCAGUCUUUCCCUGAUCCUGUUACCUAUCACAUGAAGGAAGCCCAUCCUGGCUGUGGAAGACAUGCAAGUGGCUGGGGGUAUAACAGUAAGGGCACUUUCUGCUCUGGCUGGGCUGGAAACUGUGGAGAUGGUGGUAAAGGUGGGAGCACUUGGUAUCUCAUGUGUAAGCCUUGUCACUCCAAGUACCUCACUGUCAAGGACGAAGCCAAGAAAAAAACUGUAAAGACGGUUCCACUCCCAAAAAUGAAGACUAGAAAACCUGGAAAACCAAGAAAUCUCCCACCUAUUUCUGCUGUUCAAGGUAUGAUUCAAAAUGCCAAAUUCCUCUUGGAGAUUGAUCGUAUCAGCGAUAGUGCGCCUACAACUCCAUUGGCUGUGCAAGUACCUGCUCUUGUCGUAUUGAAGGCCAGUGGACUAGAGCGGCAAUUGUCAUCACCUGACGACAAGCCAGCACUUCAUAGAGCAGACACCAUACAGAACGACAAAGCUAAAACCGAAAUUUUUCGCCCAUCCUUUUUACGCUCAAAAUCUAUGGCAGUCGGAAAACUUGCUGAAGGUGUGACACAGUCAGAGAGUGACACGAAUAUUGAUGACCCUCUUAUGUCCAAACCGUCAAAGAACCUUCGGCAAUUGAUGUACAAUCGUUCUCGGCAGGACCCCAAUAGCAAGGAGACUGGGUACAAUCGUGUUAUGGGCUUCCUGUUCUUAUAUCAUGACUUGGAUGGACUAAGGGCCAGUAUGAAGCAUUCCAUGAGAGUAGCUGGGAUCAAAUCGUUUGCUUUAGAGUUCAUUGAGUGGCUUUUGAAGAACAUGUCUGAGCCAUCCAUUGUUCAUGACAUCCUGUGGCAGUUUAAUUCUGCGCUCAGAGAGCAUCCAGUGCAGCAGAUGGCUGCCAAAGUUAAGGCAAAAGUAGAGAAAGCCCAAAAGAAUGAUAAGCUAGCUGAAUCUGAUGACAUCUGUUUGGGGCAUCAUCCGCUCUCUGGGCUCGAUGGAGCUGGAUUAAUGCUGCAACUCCUCAGGAAACAGUUUCAUUCAUUCCUACAGACUACCUCCAAUCUUAUGCCAAAGCUACCGUCAGGUUCUGCUGUUCAGCAGGCUGCCAUGCAGUGCUACUGCCUUCAGUUCCAGCCUCAGGACCACUCCUUCCUUCUACAGAGUGAUGUGUUCUCAAAUAUUAGUAAAGCUCUUUCUCUGGGAGAGGAUUCCCAGGAUAGCACUGAGAAAAGAGACAAGGAUGCUAGUGUGACUGUGAUGGAGGAUGUUCUUCCCCAAGGCCAUCUCAAAACCUCCUCCAAUGAGGCCAUGGGCAAUAGUCUCAGCGAUGGCUCCACAGAAACAUUUUGGGAAAGUCGAGAUGAGCCUAGAGGGCAACCACGCAAGCUCACAGUCUCUUUUGAAUCUCAGAAGUCUAUUUUUGCAUGUGCUGUACACAUUGACAAUCAGAAAGAUGGUGGACAAAAAGUGGACAGUGUUAGCCUGCUUGUUGGAAAAGAUGAAGAUUCCCUUAAAGAAGUGGACAAGGCCAAACUCUCGGUGCUACAUUCUGGUUGGAAGGUACUCUUUGUCCCUGAUGACACUCCGUACACUAUUGUACGACUUGAGUUAAAGGGGAUGUCCAAUAAUGUACGAGCAAGGCAGAUUAAAGUAUUAGUGAAACCAUCCAAGCCACUUGAUGCUUCGUUCUCAGCCGUAAUGUCUCAACGGAAUGCUUGUGAGGCUGAGGCCCUGCGUGUCUUUAGGCUACUCACUUCUCAGGUAUUUGGUCGUUUGUUGUCAACUCAGCCAGAAGAAGAUCGAGAUGAAUCUGAUUCUCCUGAGGCUUCUGAUGGGGAUAAAGAAGGAAAAGAAGACGAAGUACGAGAGCAUGUUGUAGAUAUACUGUUUAGUAAGGGCAAGAUCUCAAGCCUUCAGAAACAAGUAUGUGAGCACAUUAUCCAAUCUGUCAACACCGAGACAUUACGUAUGAAAGAUGAGUGGGAGGGAUUAAUUUCUAACCCCCCACCUCCUAAACCGGCUAGGCAGACUAGUAUUGAAGUAAGUCCUGAUGUUGGAAAGGGGUCAGACAUGUAUUGCUAUGAGCUGCUGUCAAUGCUGAUUGGCCUGAGUCAGUCAGAGGUGGGCUGUGCGUUUCUUUCUGAGCAGGAGAAGCUUGUGCAAGAUCUCUUUGCACUGCUUCAUGUGGGAACUGCCAGACUACAAUUGCAGGUUUGCACACUUUUCCGAAAAGUUCUACCAGCUAUUGGACCAAAGAACCUUGCCCCAAUGUUGAAUGUUCGCAUUCUUCCUCCUCUUGGUUAUAGUGCUAUUGCUGAAGCUGUCAAUUCUGCUACCACCAUCAACCAGCUGGGUAUCAUGGACUGUCUUCUCUCCGUCAUCUCAAAGGCUUUGUCAGUCCAGGUUAAAGCUAAGGGGCGGUCAACUAACAUCAUCCAGGUUCUAACUGGAGUCAGCAGCAUUACGGCCAUUAUGAUGGACAAGCUAACCAAUCCUAAGCCUGUUCCAGGUGAAACAACCAUUCGUGCUCAGAGGUGGUACUUGAAGGGAAGUGUGUCUCAUGAGGUAGCUGAAGAGGUUAUCAAGCUGCUUAAGGACAUGGUGAAAGGAUCUCUCGGUGGGCAAUGGGAGGGAUAUUCAAAAUCAGCCAUUGGUCAAGCAGUCUUGCAUCUGACCAAGAUCAGUGAAGAGGCUCGUGUGCCUGUGCCUGGAAUGUUUUCUCAAACGUUAUGGCUCUGUUUGGGUGCUCUCUGUGUGAUUGACAAAGAGCACGCUGAUGCACUCUCGUCGGGCCAAUGGCUUGGACAAGAUGGCAAACCUAAGUCAAAGCCGCUAUGUGACAACCAUGAUGAUGAGGAGACACAGGCCCUGAUAUCAUGUGAUAAAUGUGGCAAUCUGUGUGGAGAGUGUGAUAGAGUGCUUCACUACCACAAGAAAUCCAAAGAUCAUCAGAGACAGAUCUUCAAAGAGGAAGAAGAGGCAGUGAAGGUGGACCUGCAUGAAGGCUGUGGUCGCAUCAAACUCUAUUGGACUAUGGCCCUUACCGACUAUCGCACUCUCAAAGGGCUUGUUGAAUUCAAAGAAGCUGGAAAUGGCGGUGGCAAAGGCAGCUGUAGAUUCUGUGGCACUACUAACAAUACUGGCUUAUUAGCCAUUGGCAAUGUGUGUGCUGAUCCAGAAUGCCAAGAAAGAGUUGACAUGGUAUGUGAUAAUAGUCUUCCUUGCGGUCAUCCUUGCAAUGGCGUGAAAGGAGAGGAGAAUUGCCUGCCUUGUCUCCAUGGUUGUGCAACUGAUAACCCUAAACUAAGGCAAGACGCUGAUGAUAUGUGCAUGGUGUGCUACACUGAGGGGCUCUCUUGUGCUCCAUGCAUUCAGCUGGAGUGUGGGCACGUUUUUCAUUAUCACUGUUGUCGUAAUACCCUUACCAAACGCUGGUCUGGUCCAAGGAUCACAUUUAGGUUCAUGUUUUGCUCCAUUUGUGUGAAUACUCCAAUAUCUCACCCCAAGCUUGCUGACGUGCUGGACCCUAUCACUGAUCUCUUUGAAGACACAAAGAGGAAGUGCCUACUUCGCCUCGAGUACGAGAAUCAGAGCAAGUGUGAAGCCAUAACAUCACCAAAAUCUAAAUUUUUCCAGAAGCCUGCCGAGUAUGCCAUGUGGAAAUAUGCUUACUACGUCUGCUUCAAGUGCAAAAAGGCUUACUUCGGCGGUGAGGCUCACUGUGCUGAGCAAGUGGCUGCCAGCGAUGAUUAUGACCCAACUGAGCUCGUCUGCCCUCCCUGCUCCAAUGUAGGAGGUGCUAUGCAGGUGUGUCCAAAACACGGUACUGAUUUUCUAGAGUACAAAUGCCGAUUCUGCUGUUCUGUGGCCGUCUAUUUCUGCUUUGGCACUACCCACUUCUGCAACCCCUGCCAUGACGACUUCCAACGUCUAACGAGCAUGAAUAAGGCUGAGCUGCCUCAGUGCCCUGUUGGGCCUUGUGCCAGACCACUAGAAGGCACAAAAUGCCCCCUGCAUGUGAAGCACCCACCCACUGGGGAUGAGUUUGCUUUGGGCUGUGGUGUUUGCAGGAAUGCACAACACUUCUAACAUUGGACUAUGAACUUAGAAUUAGGCCAUUAGUAGGCGUUAGAAUUAUAUUAGAGAAAAGUUUAGAGAAAAUUAGCUUAUUUUGGCCAUUGGUGAAGUAUAGCUUGAAAAAUUAAUGAACAAUUAAACAUUC